AUGUAUGCUCGACUCGACCAGCGGACGGCGGCGAAGGGACACUUGCCGGCGGACGGUGGCUCGCCGCUCACCGAGGCGGAGGCGGAGCUGCUAGCGGAGCUCUCCUCGCCACCGCGCGACAUGCAGACCACCCUCCAACCGUCUCAGAAGUACACGCGUGCCCACCCGCGGCUCGCCUUUCCGCUGCUUCUGCUGCUCGUGCUGGCGGCCCUCCGCAACCUCCUCCCGGCCGAGCACAGCCUUGAUGCGUUUCCCGACUCUUCGCUCGACCUCGUCACGCCCGACUUGUCGCUCGACCUCUUCACGACAGAUGACUCGCCGGUUGGAACAUACACCGCGAUGCCCGACGUGCAGCCGGACACCGAGCGCGUGGAUCUGCCUCCCGGCUGCCGGCCUCUCACCCGCCAGUGGUCCGCUCUGAUCGAGGAGGCCAUCAACCGGUACAUCGGGUCGCUGCAGCUGCCUUCUGCGCCGUCACAGGGCCGGUCGCGUCUUUGGCUGGGCCCCGGGGUGUCCGCGAUUCUCUCGCAGCAAGUGACCGAGUCGAUAGCGCGGCUGGACGACGAGCGGAUCCCGUCGGACCAGUGUGGCGCGUGUCCGUGGACGGCCGACUACGCGUGCCCCAAAUCGCCCACGCCCGGCAACUUGGGGUACGCGUGGGACGACGGCAGCCCGUGCUUCCAGUACUGUUGUUGCGAGUGCGGCUGGGUGGAGGAGUACGCGUGCGCUUGGUCCGAGACGCCCGGCAGCAGCGGGUACGCGCGUGACGAUGGCAGCAUCUGCUAUGCCAUGUGCUGCCGACCGCCGGAGCCCAAUAACCACAACACGGAACUGGCGGUCGGCGGGGUGGUGGUGGUGGCCGCUACGGCGGCCGCCGUGGUGUUUUUGGGGUAG